AUGUGGCAAAAGUCUCGGCUACCACCACCAGUAGACACGCCUGUGGAUUCCCCGGACUGUUUUCUUAGAAUGUUUAUUUACACGGAGUUGAAGAUUGCAACUAGGAAUUUCAGGUCUAAGUUGGGAAGUGGAGGAUUCGGCUCAGUGUUUAAAGGAUCUCUACCAGACGGUACACUUAUGGCCGUUAACAAAUUGGAAGGUUCAAGACAACUUGAUAAGCAAUUCCGAGCAGAAAUCAGUUCUCUUGGCAACAUACAACAUGCGAAUUUGAUCAGACUUCGGGGUUUUUGUGCAGAAGGAUCCAAACGGUUACUGGUCUAUGAUUACAUGCCCAAUGGCUUUCUGAAUUCCUUACUGUUCGCUAGUAAUUCCAAAAGAAAACGGAAGGUACUGGACUGGACGACCCGAUUCCAGAUCGCUUUAGGCACUGCGCGAGGUUUAGUUCAUCUCCACGAGGAGUGUAGGGAUCGCAUCAUUCACGGCGAUGUAAAGCCCGAAAAUAUUCUGCUAGACGGUAAUUUUUCACCCAAGUUGGCAGAUUUUUGGUUGGCAAAGCUUGUGGGUAGAGAUUUCAGCCGGGUACUGACAACAACGAGAGGAACAAGAGGGUAUUUGGCUCCAGAGUGGAUUUCUCGUCUUCCCAUCAGUCCCAAGGCUGAUGUUUACAGUUUUGGUAUGACACUCUUGGAAAUCAUUUCUGGCCGAAGAAGUGUGGAUUUAGACACGGAAGAUUCAAGUAAGUAUUACUUUCCCGCUUGGGCUGCAACUCAAAUUUACCAGGGGAAGACAAUUAGUAUUGUGGACGAACAUGUUGCAGCAGAGGCAGAUAUUUAA